AUGUAUCAACUUCGUGAUCUGGUUAUGAUAGUUAAUCCACAAUUGGCGAACUAUUUAGAAAGUCAUCAGUCGGAUGAUAUGUACUUCUGUUUCCGCUGGGUUCUCGUGUGGUUCAAGCGGGAACUAUCAUUUGCGGAUACAUGUAAACUUUGGGAGGUGCUAUGGACAGGACAACCAUGCCCCAAUUUCCUACUUUUGAUUUGCAUUGCCAUUCUCGACGGAGAGAUGAAUACGAUCAUAGCCAACAAAUUCGGGCUUACUGAAAUAUUGAAGCACGUCAACGAUCUUUCCAUGCACUUGGUUCUUGAUGAUGUGAUGACGGCGGCAGAGGCUAUUUUCCAUCAGCUAUCCGCAAGUCAGGAUAAGCUGCCGACGCAUAUCUGUGAAUACCUCAAUCUUGGGGAAUCAGCUAACACUUAA